AUGAAGGGUAAAAAUGAAACUCACAGCCAUGUGGCAUCUUAUGAAGAAGAAAAGAAGUCACUAAUUAGAAGGGACGCUCAAAGGAACCCUGUCAAGAAAAAAGCUCCUGUCAUUGAUGCUCGUCUAACAAGUCGAGUUUCAAUUGACGCUCCGAAUGCAUUAGUAGUCGAUAAGCCAAAAACUGCCAGAGAUCUUGAAAUAAUCACAAACGCUUUAAACAGGCAUUUCAUUUUCACAAGCCUUACCGAUGAAAACAGAGCUGUUCUCAUCGACCACAUGAAGCAUUUUACUUUAGGUCCAAAUGAGAUAGUUUUCGAACAAGAUCAGCCUGGAAUCAAUUUCUUUAUUAUUGCUUCAGGGAAAUUAGACGUUUAUGUUAACAGCAAAAAAGUAAACUCAUUAGGUACCAAUGAUAGUUUUGGCGAGCUAGCUUUACUCCACGACUCACCAAGAUCUGCAACGAUCAAAACCGCUGAACGUGUCACUAUGUGGGGACUGGACAGAAGAACGUUUAGAAAUGCGGUUGAAAGCGUUAAUGCCCAAAACUAUCAAGAAAACAAGCAGUUCGUCGAAAGUGUGCCUUUAUUUCAUAUUCUGACGACAUCCCAAAAAGACUCACUCGUCAGUUCACUCUCAACGUUAAGGUUUAGAGCUGGAGAAAGGAUUGUGAAUGAAGGCGACCCUGGAGACCUAUUCUUUUUAAUAAAAGAAGGAUUAGUUUCAUGUCUACAAGAAGGCAGAGAAAUUAGGCAAAUGACAAGAGGUGACUAUUUUGGAGAGCAAGCUCUUCUUUAUAACUGUGUAAGAACUGCAAGCAUAGUUGCAGCAGAAGAUACAAAAUGUGUUGCUAUUGGAAGAGAAAAACUAACGAAAGCAUUAGGAAAUCAUCUUCAACAAAUUAUUUAUCAAAAUACCAAAAGAAUUGCUAUUGAUAAAAGCCAAAUACUUAGUAACCUAACUGGAGAGCAGCAAAUAAAGCUUCUCAAUUCGCUAAGAGUCAGGUCAUUUAGAGAUAACGAACUUGUAAUCCCAAGAAGUUUAAACAAAGGAGCGCAAUUGUGGAUUGUUCUUAAUGGGCAGUUGAAAUACAAAAGUGGCAGAAUUGCAGCAGAAGUUUUCCAAAGUUUAGGAGAUAUUGAAAUAACUCAGCCUGAUAGUGGAGCUAUCUACAAUGAAGAUGUAAUUUCUGAAGGAAACUCUGAUGUAGCAGAAAUUACGAGGCAAGAAUUCGAGGAAUGCAUUGGUGGACGAUAUAAUGAAAUCGCUACUGAUAACGAGGCUAUAUCGGUUUUAAAAAGAGUUCAAGUUUUAAGAGGCCUCUCUUCAGAAAGAUUUAUCGCUUUGCACAGAGCUUUGAGAGUUGUCGACUAUGAAGAUGGAGCAGUUAUCGUUGGCCAAAACGACCCUGGAGACUCAUUUUUUAUUAUUAAAUCUGGCAAGGUAGACGUUUUGAAAGAUGGAAUAGGCGUUAGAACUAUAACAAAGCACGAUUAUUUUGGCGAAAGAAGUGUGCUUUUUGGAGACUGUAGAACUGCCACUGUGAUUGCUAAAGGAAGUGUUUCUUGCUGGAUACUGCAUCAGCAAGACUUUUUACAAGCUAUUGAUGAAAACAUUCGCAUACAGCUGAUUAAAAGAAUUGAACUGCAAGACGAUAAUAUCACACUUAAUGAUCUUGCAAUUGUAAAAGUUCUCGGAAAAGGGAUGUUCGGGAAUGUCUUUUUAGUCGUCCAUAAGCAACAAAACCGUCUAUAUGCACUUAAAACAGUAGACCGAAGAAAAAUUGACCGUUAUGAAAUCCAAGAAAAUUUAAUAUUAGAGCGUGCUAUUUUGAACCAGCUUGAUCACUCUUUAAUUGUCAAACUUGUAAGAAGCUUCAAAGACGCUAAAAGAAUUUACUUUUUGAUGGAAUUUGUCAGAGGAAUGGAUCUUUUUGACGUUCUUCGGCAAAUGAAUGAAGUAUCUGACCAGGAAUCUAAAUUUUUCAUAGGCUGUUUAAUCAUUAUUCUUGAGCACUUGCAUGAGCGUGAUAUUAUUUAUAGAGACCUUAAGCCAGAAAAUGUGAUGAUUGAUGAUGAAGGCUAUCCCAAACUUAUCGAUUUUGGAAUUUCAAAAAUUGUCCAUGGGAGAACAUAUACACUUGUCGGCACACCUCAUUAUAUGGCUCCAGAAAUUAUAAUUGGAAAAGGCUACGGACAUUCAGCGGAUUUUUGGAGUGUAGGGAUUAUCCUUUAUGAGUUUCUCUGUGGAGGGGUUCCUUUUGGAGAAGAUCUUGAUGAUCCAUAUGCCAUUUAUGAAAAAGUGCUCGAAAGAAAAUUGGCUUAUCCUUCAUUUGUCAGCAGGAAUAUGCCAGCCAAGCCUAUAAUAGAACAAUUAUUAAGCAAACAGCCUGCAAUGAGAACUGGAGGAAGCAUUGAUAAUUUGAAAAAUCAUCCUUGGUUCCAAGGCUUCAAUUGGGUAAGAAUUAUUUAGGAACAUCUACUAACAAGAGAAAUUCGUCCACCAUAUGUCCCAAGAGUAAACGACCUUUCCAGAGACAUCCAAAGCGCUCUUAAACAAAAUAGGUCAAUAGAUGAUAUAAUAACUAGAGAAGAAAACGCAGAAGAAAUCCCGCCAGGAAAAAGCAGACGUCCAAGACACUGUCCAGAAAACUGGGAUCAGGACUUUUAA